CUGACCUUUAUGUUUUUUACAACCGCAAAAGUUUGAUUUUGUGUGAUAGAGUUAGGUCAAGUAUGGUCUGUGUUGGGACCGAAAUAAUGAUUGGCAGUUUGGCAAGAAGAUGCAUACAAAUGUACAAUAAUCACUGGUUUGGUAGUAUAUUAUGUGUAUGUAGCUAUAUGGUGUGUAAAACAAUGACUCCCUCCAGUAACACACAUACAUAUGUGUGAGUGGUUAAUUAAUGUAUUUGUGCAUCUAGCCAAUAUUAAAUUUGGCAAGUAAAAUCAUCUUAAAUAUUGAUUUAUAUUUGUAGCGAUCUCAAUAUAUAUUUGUUCAUUUAUAUUUAGGCUUAUCAAAUACUCCGUACUACGACGUAUAACUUCUUUACAACUUAAUUUGUUUGAAUUUUACUCAAGAAUCACGAUAGAGUUUAUACCAACGGUUAAUGCAUUCACCUACCCCAAAAAACAUUUUAAACUUGUCAUAGCCGAUCUGAACAUGAUUACGCAGAAUUGUUUCCUCAAGCGAGAGAGAUAUUAGUGGCUCUAUAUGAAAUGGGAGUUGGCGUUGCAAUUGCCUCAAGAACACCCACUCCAAACAUAGCUCGUGUUUUCUUACUUAAGCUAGGUUUAGGAUCAAUAUUUAUUGCAAAGGAAAUGUUUCCAAGUAGGUCACCCAAAACAGAACAUUUUGAAAGGAUCCAUAGAAGAACAAUGGUGCCUUAUAAUCAAAUGUUGUUUUUUGACGAUGAGAAAAGGAACAUUGAUGCGGCAUCUCAAAUGGGAGUGACAAGCGUGUUGGUAACCAAUGGCAUAAAUCUUAAAGCUCUAUAUGAAGGACUCUCAGCAUUCCAUCAACGCCAUAUUCUACCUCCACAACAUGCAUUUAUGAUACCCCAUCACCAUCCUAGUCGAAUUGCGCCUCCCGCCCAACCUCAACUUCAUGGGUAUUGCAGCACGUCACAUAUUGUGCAACCUCGCCCAGAAGGAUGUUGCAACAUUCCAUGCAUGCAUUUCAAAAUGAUGUCAUUAUGUCGCUAUCGUCACCAUCACCAUCACCAUCACCAUAGCAAUCGCCAUAGGCACAUUUAGCCAUGUUUCAAGUUGACUUGUUCUGAUUAAUACUUUAUUUAAUUACAUAAUAUUAACCAUAUUAUCAUGGUUCCUUCUAAUUUUUUCAUACAAGUGAUCAAGAUUAUGUUAUAAACAAAG